AGUCGCAGAUUCCUCUCCGCUCGGGAUUUAGAGACAACAACGGAACCUGGAAGGAGACGGCGAUGGCAUCGACGGAUCUGCAAGCGACGGAUCUGCAAGCGAGCAGCAACGGGCUGCCAGACCCGGAGAGAGGGGAAGGAGGGUUGAAACAACACUCGUACGUGAACGGAGGAUGGCCAGUCGCGGGAGACUCGGGGAGUCCGCUGGAGUCGCCAGCCGAAGAGGACCGUCCCUGCAGGGUAUGCGAGACCGUAGCACGCAGCCAACAGAGCAGCUUUGACAUGAUCUACAAGAUUGAGGACGUCCCGCCGUGGUACCUUUGUCUCCUCCUGGGCUUCCAGCACUACCUCACCUGCUUCAGCGGAACCAUCGCGGUUCCCUUCCUCCUGGCCGAAGCCAUGUGCGUGGGCAAGGAUCAGGUGGCCAUCAGCCAGCUCAUCGGCACCAUCUUCACCGUGGUGGGCAUCACCACGCUCCUGCAGACCACCUUCGGGUGCAGGCUGCCCUUGUUUCAGGCGAGCGCCUUUGCCUUCCUCGUGCCAGCCCGUGCCAUCCUCGCCCUGGACAAGUGGAAGUGCCCGGACGCAUCGACGAUCUACCCCAACGGGACGAACGGGAUUCUGGAUACGUCGGACACGUGGCACCCACGCAUCAGAGAGAUCCAGGGCUCCAUCAUCGUGUCGUGCCUCGUGGAGGUGUUCAUCGGGUUCGCUGGGCUGCCCGGGGCCAUGCUGAGCUACAUCGGUCCGCUCACCGUCACGCCGACCGUCUCGCUCAUCGGCCUCUCCGUCUUCCAAGCGGCGGGAGACCGCGCCGGGCGGCACUGGGGCAUCUCGGCCAUGGCCAUCCUGCUCAUCAUCCUCUUCUCGCAGUACCUGCGCAACACCUCCGUACCCGUGCCCGUGUAUCGCCGCGGUCAGGGAUGCUCCUCCAAACGCUUCCAAAUCUUCAAGAUGUUUCCCAUCAUCAUGGCCAUCGUGCUGUCCUGGCUCAUCUGCCACGUGCUCACGCUCAGCGGAGUCUUCCCGGAGCGGGAAGGGGAGUACGGAUUCCACGCACGCACGGACGCGCGCGGAGACAUCAUGAGCAGGGCGCCCUGGUUCAGGAUCGCCUACCCAUGCCAGUGGGGGUUGCCCGUGGUGACGGUGGCCGGCGUGGUGGGGAUGUUCAGCGCGGUGCUGGCGGGCAUCAUCGAGUCCAUCGGUGACUACUACGCGUGCGCGCGUCUCUGCGGGGCUCCGGCCCCACCGGUGCACGCGAUCAACAGAGGGAUCUUCAUGGAAGGAUUGUCGUGCAUCAUCGCCGGAUUAUUCGGGACUGGGAACGGAUCCACGUCUUCUAGUCCAAAUAUUGGCGUCCUGGGAAUCACCAAGGUGGGCAGCCGGCGCGUCGUUCAGUACGGGGCGGGCAUCAUGCUGCUGCUGGGCACCGUGGGCAAAUUCACGGCGCUCUUCGCCUCGCUGCCCGACCCCAUCCUCGGCGCCCUCUUCUGCACCCUCUUUGGCAUGAUCACGGCCGUGGGGCUGUCCAACCUGCAGUUCGUGGACAUGAACUCCUCCCGCAACCUCUUCGUGCUGGGCUUCUCCAUGUUCUUCGGGCUCACGCUGCCCAGCUACGUGGAGCAGCACGCGGUGCAGAGCGGUGUGGUGGAGCUGGACCAGGUGCUCACGGUGCUGCUCACCACGGAGAUGUUCGUGGGAGGCUGCGUCGCAUUCGUCCUGGACAACACGAUCCCAGGUGCGCGGUCAGGCACGCAGGAGGAGCGUGGCCUGUUGCAGUGGAAGGCCGGGGCCCACGCGGCGAGUGGCUCCAGCUCCGAGAUCGACGCCUACGACUUCCCCGUCGGCAUGGCCGCGGUGCGCCGCGUGCGUGCACUGCGCUACCUCCCCGUGUGUCCCACCUUUGUGGGCUUCUCCGCGAUGUGCGCAUCGCGAGCCCGGCCCGGCGCCACGGGCGAAGCUACGGACCACGCUCAGCCUGAGAUGCAGCAGCAGCAGCCUCAGCAGCCGCAGCAACAGCAGCAGACAGCCAGAUCCUCAGCACAGCGGUCUUUCGCAUCGUCUCGCGCCGCUGUCAGAUCUUCUCUCGCCAGCACGAAGGUGUAGCGAGGGCAGCGGGUAGCCUCAUGCGAUGAAGACAUGGAUGAGUAACUUAACGAAUAAACGGACAUACGAGGUUCCGGUGCAUUAUCAACAAAAAAUAUUAAAAUUAUAAUGAUGUGACACUUUCGAACCAGCAGUCCCAGAUGCCCGUCGAGUGAAUAAUUUCCAGCAGCCGUUGAGGAGUGUUCGGUGAAAAAUUGACAACCCACUUAGGGCUCAGUGUCCAGUAAGCAGCAGACCGUUGAUGAAAGUAUGCCGGUUAAGUGAUUGAAAAAGGAGAAUGAUUCAGUUCAUUGUGCCGUCCUGCAUGGGGAGAUGAUACGGUAAAAGGCUGUCUAAAGCAAUGAUACUAACAUUGCUUGUCUUCAAAUAUAUAAUAUAUUUAUACUAUUUGGUAAUGCUGCAUUGGCAGUGGUGCAAUAAUUGGAUUCACACCGGGAUAUUUGUGCUCAUGGUGCGAUUCUGCCUCUCAUGCUCUCACAAUCAACUGCCAAUAUUAAUUCUAGCAAUAAUACAAUGUGUGUAAUUUAGAAGCUGUUGCGAAAUUAUAAAGUUGCCGCGUGUUGUAUGCCGAAGAACAGACUGUUUGCUUGGCAGGACCGGGAGAUGUGUUAAAUUCUGUGUGCCCAUCGAUAUGGUAGUAGUAUUAUUAUUGUUGUGUGUGUCUAUAAUAUGUCACGAAUAAACAUUAUACCUCGA